AUGAGCAAACUAACACAGGAGGACUGCUGGAAGGUGGUUUCAGCAUUUUUUAAGGAUAAGGGGUUGGUGCGGCAGCAGCUGGACUCAUUCAACGAGUUUAUUCAAAGCACGAUGCAGGAGGUAGUUGACGAAAACUCCAAAAUUGUUCUGAUGGCGCACAGCCCAACAGGCGAGGAGGAGAAGGCAAGGAAGUACACUAUAGAGUUUAAGCAGAUAUAUGUGAGCAAGCCGCCCACUAUCACAGAGCCAGACGGAAGAACAUCGCCUAUGUUCCCAAACGACGCGCGUGUCAGAAGUCUUACAUACUCAGCCUCUCUGUACAUAGACAUAGUGAAGACGGAGCACAUUGGAGACGAGGAGGUGGAGAGCAGAACGUACAAAAGAAUGCCCAUCGGCUCAAUCCCAAUCAUGCUGCGGUCUCUGUACUGCGUGUACAGCAACACGGACGACAAGGACAUGAACAGAAUAGAAGAGUGCACGUACGACCAAGGAGGAUACUUUAUUGUAAAUGGAUCUGAGAAGGUGCUAAUUGCACACGAAAGGAUGGCGUCAAAUCUGGUGUAUAUCUUUAAGAAGGCCCCUCCUUCACCAUAUCUGUACACUGCAGAGAUGCGAUCUGUGCCUGAUCACGGGCUUCGCCUGCCAUCUUCUCUUACGAUUCGGCUUGUUGCACGGUCUUCAGAUAAUGCCUCGGGCGGAGGAUACUUCCUCCGUGCUUUGCUGCCGCAUGCUAAGCAGGAUGUGCCGGUUGUUGUUAUUUUCCGGGCACUUGGGUUUGUGUCAGACAAGGAGAUUCUUGAGCACAUAUGCUAUGACUUUUCAGACACAGAAAUGCUCAGCAUGCUCCGGCCCAGCAUUGAGGAGGCAUUUGUGAUCCAGGACCAGGGAGUUGCGCUGGACUACAUUGGGAAGAGAGUUGCGCCAGCUGGGUUCAGCAAGGAGAAGAGAAUAAAGUUUGCAAAGGAUCUGUUCCAGAGAGAGUUCCUGCCGCACGUAGGAACCAAGGAGUUCUGCGAGACAAAGAAGGCGUAUCUGCUCGGAUACACAAUCAAUAAGCUGCUGAUGGUGGCGCUUGGGAGGCGGUCUGAGGAGGAUAGAGACCACUACGGGAGAAAGAGGCUUGAUCUUGCAGGGCCGCUGAUGGCAGGACUGUUCCGGAUGCUUUUCAAGAAGAUGAGCAAUGAGCUGGCAAAGUACAUGCAGAGAUGCAUAGAUGGGAACAAAGACCUCAACCUUAUAGUGGGCCUGCGCACAUCAACUCUCACAAACGGCCUAAGAUACUCGCUUGCAACAGGAAACUGGGGCGAGCAGUCAAAGAGCAUGCAGGCGCGGGCUGGAGUGGCACAGGUGCUGAACCGGUAUAACUACAUAUCCACGCUGUCCCAUCUGAGAAGGGUCAACACGCCAAUUGGAAGAGAUGGAAAGCUUGCCAAGCCAAGACAGCUGCACUCCAGCCACUGGGGGAUGGUCUGCCCGGCUGAAACACCAGAAGGACAGGCCUGUGGGCUUGUGAAGAACUUUGCGCUCAUGUCGCACAUCUCAGUGGGAAGCAAUUCUUCAAUUGUGGUUGAGCUGCUUGAGGAGUGCGGGCUUGAAGGGCUUGAGGAAGUAAGCCCCACUGCAAUUGCAGGCGCAACAAAAGUUCUUGUCAAUGGAUCGUGGGUUGGUGUGCACCGCUCGCCAGAUGAUCUGAUAGGAACCCUGAAGUACCUCCGCCGCUCUGGGGAGCUUUCGUCUGAAAUAGGCAUUGUGCGAGAUCUGCGGGAAAAGGAGAUCAGAAUCAACACAGACGGAGGAAGAGCAUGCAGGCCUCUUUUUAUCGUUGAGAAAGGGGUGCUUAGAAUAGAGCACUUCCUUGAGGCGAACAGGCACCGGGCAUUCACAUGGGACGAGCUGAUGGCAGACGGAUGUGUUGAGUUUCUUGAUGUGGAGGAGGAGGAAACGGCCAUGAUUGCAGUUAAAACAAGCGACCUCAGAAACACAGAGAUCAUGUACACCCACUGUGAGAUACAGCCAGCCACCAUGCUGGGUGUGUGCGCCUCUGUGGUUCCCUUCCCUGAUCACAACCAGUCGCCUAGAAAUACCUACCAGAGUGCUAUGGGUAAGCAGGCCAUGGGGAUGUACGCCACUAACUUCCUCAUGCGAAUGGACUCUCUGUCCAAUGUGCUGUGCUACCCGCAGAAGCCUCUAGUGAUAACGCAGAGCAUGAACUUCCUGCAGUUCCGAGAGCUUCCCUCCGGACAGAAUGCAAUGGUGGCCAUUGCCUGUUACAGCGGGUACAACCAGGAAGACAGUGUGGUGAUGAACCGCGGUGCUGUGGACAGGGGACUUUUCAGGAGCUUCUUCUAUAGAACAUACAGCGAUAUGGAGAGCAGAACCAAGCCAGAGGAGCAAGAGUGCUUUAUGAAGCCAGACAGAAGGUCUGUGCAGAGAAUGAAGAACGCAAACUACGAGAAGCUUGAUAUAGAUGGGCUUGUUCCUCCUGGAACACGUGUCUCUGGAGAGGAUGUUCUUAUUGGAAAAGCAGUAAGCACGCCAGAUGGAUACAAAGAUGCAAGCACUACGAUGCGUGGAACAGAAAGCGGAGUGGUUGACAGGGUUAUUCUCACCACAAAGGAUGGGUACAGAUAUGCAAGAAUCCGGGUGCGGUCUGCCCGAACCCCGCAGAUGGGAGACAAGUUUGCAUCAAGGCACGGGCAGAAGGGAACAAUUGGAAUUAUGCUUUCGCCAGAGGACAUGCCCUUCACUGCAGACGGGAUCACUCCAGAUAUUAUCAUAAACCCGCACGCUAUUCCUAGCAGAAUGACGAUCGGGCAUCUGGUGGAGUGUCUUCUAGGAAAGGUGAGCUGCAUGACGGGCAAGGAAGGAGACGCAACGCCGUUUACAGGUCUGAGCGUGGAAGAGAUCAGCGAGGAGCUGCAGAAGCACGGAUACCAAAAGCGAGGAUUUGAAGUGAUGUACUCUGGAUUUACUGGACGGAAAAUGCGCAGCCAGAUAUUCAUUGGGCCCACAUACUACCAGAGGCUGAAGCACAUGGUGGCAGACAAGAUACACGCACGUGCCCACGGGCCUGUGCAGAUUCUGACACGGCAGCCUGUGGAGGGAAGAAGCAGAGAUGGAGGUCUUCGGUUUGGAGAAAUGGAGAGGGACUGCAUGAUCUCGCACGGAGCUGCAAUGUUCCUUAAGGAGCGGCUGUGCGAUGUGAGCGACAAGUUUGAGGUGUUUAUCUGCAAUGACUGCGGGCUUUUCUGCGCAGGGAAUAAGGACCGAGGCCUCUACCUGUGCCAGCUGUGCGGAACCCGAACAAAUGUCAGCAUGGUCUAUAUGCCGUACGCAUUCAAGCUCCUAGUGCAGGAAAUGAUGACAAUGUGCAUAUCUGUGCAGAUGCGGCUGGAGACCUGGAAGAAGAUAUAA